AUGACUCCUUCCAACCUUUUCAACAACAACAACACUACUCCUUUUCCCGGUACCAUUCCUUCUUCCGAUCACCAUGGCUACUUCUACUCACCUUCUUUCUUUCAACCCUCUCCUCCUUCUCUUUUAGAUCAACAACAAAAUUGCAAAAGGAAACGUGACGAUUAUGAAACAUCUUCUCUUCCCCACUACUCAUACAAUACUAAUGAGGACUAUGAUGCUUUUUCAAACUCGGAUAGCGAUUACGACGAUGAAGAAAUAUCAUCAUCCGCAACAAAUCCAAAGACGAUUGCAUCAUCACUAUCAGACACUAAAUUAGAACAUCCAGAUCGGAAACGAGUGAAAGGCUUUGACAAUCAAAUUUCAUUUCCUACCCAUCAUCACAACAGCCAAACAUAUUUCUCUUCACCACCUCCCCGAACACUCUUUUGCAACCAAGCCUCGCCAAACGAGAGCGCAGCUCUUUCUCGAUUUAAUGCCAUGAAUAUCGAUGAUGAAAUGGGUGACGAUGAAUUUGCAACCGCCAAUCACGAAGAGCUCCUUCCAGAAAGCCUUCUCUUUCAUGCGAACCUGUUGACUUCUCAAAUCCUUAUGCUGUGCAACAGUUCGAAUACAAACGAAGACAAAUGUACAACCACAAGCUCAGGAAAGCUCAAGAAGGAGAACGUCAAGAAAGAGAACUUUUGGCUGCUCUUCAAAAAGGAGAAACAAACUUUAAACUAA